AGGGUAGUGUUUAAGAGGGCUUUUAUAUAAGGUCUUGUUGAAUUAACCGAAAAUAUGUAAGCAUGAUACGUGGGGCGGGGCCUUGAAUACUCAUACUGUAAACACUAGCCAGUUGCUGAGCUCUCGUGAGCAGCAGAGCUUCCGUGAACGCGGCGCGCUUUGACUUUCAUUGGAGUUUUGUUGAUCCCGCGAAGGUUGUGUUAAAUUUAACCAAACUCAAAUCAGAUGGCGUCAUUAAAUUAAAGGGUGUGCAUGUAAGGAGGCUGUUACAUUACGCAAUCAUCAUCGUAAUAUUUGUGUUUGCCAAAGCCAGACCCGUCAGCCCACAAGCAUGGCGUUAGAGUCCCUAAAUGACCUGCAUAUAGAAGAUGAAGGGCAGCAUUACAUCUCUUCAGAGGUAAAGAUGAGCCAAAUAGUGCUGCCCUGUCAUGCCAACCACUGUGGGGAACUGAGUGUCGGUCAGCUGCUGAAAUGGAUGGACUGCACAGCAUGUCUCUCUGCUGAGAGACAUGCUGGAUGCCCCUGUGUAACAGCUUCUGUUGAUGACAUCUACUUUGAGCAAACCAUAAGUGUGGGACAAGUGGUCAACAUCAAAGCCAAAGUCAACAGAGCCUUCAAUUCAAGUAUGGAGGUGGGAAUAAAAGUAAACUGUGAGGACCUGUACAGUGGUCUGCAUUCACGAGUCUGCCAGGCCUUUGCCACAUUUGUCGCCAGAAGCACAGGGACAAGUAAGGUGCAGCUGAAGCAGGUAGUUCCCUCCACAUACAGAGAACAGGUGGAAAACAGUUUAGCAGCCGAGAGAAGGAGAAUGCGACUUAAACAUCAUGAAAUCAUGGAUGAAUUGCUCAACAACACAAGCUUUCAGAUCACUGAGGAGGCAGACAUCCGUGAAGAAGAUAAAGCCGUGGAGACUGAACGGACACGUGUGGAGAGUGUUGAGCUUGUACUCCCUACUCAUGCCAAUCAUCAGGCUAACACAUUCGGAGGACAGAUUAUGGCCUGGAUGGAAAAUGUGGCCAUUAUUGCAGCAAGUCGUUUAUGUAAGGCUCAUCCCACUUUGAGGACCAUAGACAUGUUCUACUUCAGGGGACCUUCUCAGGUUGGAGAUCGCUUGGUUCUGAAAGCCAUUGUCAACAACACAUUCAAAAACAGUAUGGAAGUAGGUGUAUGUGCUGAAGCCUAUCAAGGAGAAGAACCUCUGAGACACAUUAACAGUGCCUUCAUGACAUUUGAGGUGCUGGAUGAGAAGGGAAGGCCAUGCUUACUGCCCCCCAUAAUACCUGAACCUCAGGAGGGAAAGAGGAGAUACCGGGAGGCUCUUGCCAGGAAGAAGAUACGACUUGAUAGGAAAUACAUUAUCUCAUGUAAGCAGACUGAAGUGCCACUGUCUGUGCCCUGGGAUCCCAGUAACCAGGUAUAUCUGAGCUACAACAAUGUGUCUGCCCUGAAGAUGAUUGCAGCCAAAAACAACUGGGUCCUCAGCUCAAAGAAGAACAAAGUGAGUCUGUAUACAGUGGAGGAGAAACAGAGUUUGUGUUUCAGGGUGGAGUUUGAGGUGGAUGUCCCAGCACACAGAGCCUUCACCCUCGUCUCAGAUCUCAGACAAAGACAGGAGUGGGAUCCACACUAUACUCGGUGCGAGCUGCUUAUCGGGGUCGAUGAGGAUGAUUUCAUCUAUCAGGUUAUCACUCCGUCGGUCGGUGACAAAGGAAAAGAUCAAGACUUCAUUUUACUAGCUUCCAGAAGACCACCCUGUAAUAGCGGGGAUCCGUAUGUUAUUGCCCUACGAUCGGUCACUCUACCUACUCACCCGCCCACAGAGGGCUUCAACAGGGGUGAGGUGGUCUGUGCUGGCUUUACUAUUUAUGCAGUGUCAGAAAGUGUCUCAAAGAUUUCUUAUUAUAAUCAGGCCAGUCCAGAAGUGCUGCCAUACAUAUCCACUGAUAUCGCAGGGCUCUCGUCCAGCUUCUACUCAACGUUCUGUGCGUGUAGCCGGUACCUGCGGGAGAAUAAAGUUGGUCCGUCUGCCUCUGAUAUAUUACCAUCUGCUGUUGAGCUGAAAACUCCAUUGUGAUGCAGCUGAUAUUUACUUUAAAAGGGCUACAUCCUAAACGCAUUUUAUUUUUAGUCCAUAACAGUGCCAAAGAGCCUGGUGAUAUGAAAAAGACUGUUGGACCCAUUAGUUUCCAAAGAUUCACCAGCUCUAUGAAUUAGAGUAGUUAAGUGAAUGCAUCGACACUAAGUUUGUGUCACUAACCAACUCAACUACUUUCGAUUGAAUAACUUGAAGUAAAGCAACCAUUACUCUUAUUUGUAGUGAAUUUUGCUGAGUGACUCUAGACCACAAAACCAGUCGUCAGGGUCAUUUUUUGUAUAAAUCUCUAAAGUCUGAUUGAAAAAGCUUUUCAUUGAUUCAUGAUUUGUUAGGAUAGGCCAAUAUUUGGCCGAGAUACAACUAUUUGAAAAUCUGGAUUUUGAGGGUGCAAAAAAAUCUAAAUAUUAAGAAAAUAACCUUUAAAGUUGUCCAAAUGAAGUCUUUAGCAACACAUAUUACUAAUGAAAUUUUUUUUAUAUUCAGGGUAGGAAAUUUACCAAAAGUCUUCAUGGAACAUGAUCUUUACUUAAUAUCCUAGUGAUUUUUGUCAUAAAAAAAUCGUUAAUUUUGACCCAUACAAUGUAUUGUUUGCUAUUGCUACAAAUAUGCUUGUGCAAUUUAUGUUUUUGUGGUCUAAGGUCACAUAUACUCACCUAAAGGAUUAUUAGGAACACCUGUUCAAUUUCUCAUUAAUGCAAUUAUCUAAUCAACCAAUCACAUGGCAGUUGCUUUAAUGCAUUUAGGGGUGUGGUCCUGGUCAGGACAAUCUCCAAAAUGAAUGUCAGAAUGGGAAAAAAAGGUGAUUUAAGCAAUUUUGAGCAUGGCAUGGUUGUUGGUACCAGACGGGCCAGUCUGAGUAUUUCACAAUCUGCUCAGUUACUUGGAUUUUCAUGCACAACCAUUUCUAGGGUUUACAAAGAAUGGUGUGAAAAGAGAAAAACAUCCAGUAUGCGGCAGUCCUGUGGGUGAAAAUGCCUUGUUGAUCCUAGAAGUCAGAGGAGAAUGGGCAACUUUGACUGAAAUAACCACUCGUUACAACCGAGGUAUGCAGCAAAGCAUUUGUGAAGCCACAACACGCACAACCUUGAGGCGGAUGGGCUACAACAGCAGAAGACCCCACCAGGUACCACUCAUCUCCACUUCAAAUAGGAAAAAGAGGCUACAAUUUGCACAAGCUCACCAAAAUUGGACAGUUGAAGACUGGAAAAAUGUUGCCUGGUCUGAUGAGUCUCGAUUUCUGUUGAGACAUUCAGAUGGUAGAGUCAGAAUUUGGCGUAAACAGAAUAAGAACAUGGACCCAUCAUGCCACUGUGCAGGCUGGUGGUAUGUAAUGGUGUGGGGGAUGUUUUCUUGGCACACUUUAGGCCCCUUAAUGCCAAUUGGGCAUUGUUUAAAUGCCACGGCCUACCUAAGCAUUGUUUCUGACCAUGUCCAUCCCUUUAUGACCACCAUGUACCCACCCUCAGAUGGCUACUUCCAGCAGGAUAACGCACCAUGUCACAAAGCUCGAAUCAUUUCAAAUUGGUUUCUUGAACAUGACAAUGAGUUCACUGUACUAAAGUGGCCCCCACAGUCACCAAAUCUCAACCCAAUAGAGCAUCUUUGGGAUGUGGUGGAACGGGAGCUUCAUGCCCUGGAUGUGCAUCCCACAAAUCUCCAUCAACUGCAAGAUGCUAUCCUAUCAAUAUGGGCACCUUGUUGAAUCAAUGCCACGUAGAAUUGAGACAGUUCUGAAGGCGAAAGGGGGUCAAACACAGUAUUAGUAUGGUGUUCCUAAUAAUCCUUUGGGUGAGUGUAUGUGUAUGGAGUUUUGUUGUAGUAAAUGGUACUGGUAAAUGGGUUUUUAAUAAAUAUCAAAUGAAUUGUUAAAAACAUUUCCAAAAGUAAUAAUAAGCUGGUACAAGGUAUUAAGUCAGUAACAGGAAUUGUUAAAAUUUCAUGGUAUGUAAUCCAUAGGAUAUGUAAAUGACCUCUGUUUGUGGUUGGGUAACCUCUUUGCAGGUCUGUUGCAUAAGGCACUAUCUCACAACAGCUACAUUUUAUAGGCAUACUUCAGAAUGUUUACAUAGUACAUUAAAGGUCACGUUCUUCCUGAUCCCAUUUUCAACCUUCAAACGUAUCAAACUUUAGUUAGUGUGUAACGUUGCUGUAAUAGGAUAAAUAAUACCUGCAAAAUGAUAAAGCUCAAAGUUCACUGCCAGGCUGUAGGCCGGUUUGGACUACAGCCCUUUACUUUCCGGUUAAAUGACGAGUGUUUGACUAAACUCCGCCCACAAGAAUACGUCAGUCGCCAGCUUUGGCUCAAACUGCUCUGCUAAGCUAAGCUGCUGUGGAAUCACAACACACUAAACAAACUACACAAUCAGAACUCGUUACGUAUUCCUGAAGGAGGAACUUCAUAUAGAACAAGGAAGACAUCAGCCCGUUUUUAGGACAGUGAAAACAGCGCUAUAGAGAGAAGUACACUGUGUGAAAAAUAAUGAAUUUUUUUUACACGGGAAACAUGAACACAUGUUUUAUUGCGCACUGUAAACACAAUCGAAGCUUCAAAAACACAGGAAGAAUGGGACCUUUAAACUUUUUUUUACAAGGUACAAGGAAAACCCAACCAAUAAAAUGUCAGCUUUUAAUAAUGAAUUCAUAACACUAACAUUGUUCUUGUGUUACAAAAAUGUAUGUUUGUUAUUAAACAAAUUUAUAAGAAUAAAUUGAAUAAAGAUGUGAAACAUUUUAA